AUGUUGUGUUGUUUAAAGAUGCAGGAGCCUGUGAAGGUUGCCAUGGAUGACAUAGACCAUAGUGUGCACAUAGCGGAGCGUGACUGGGACAGCUUCUAUAAGGAGAGUGAGGAAUGCUCCCUACCACCGCCUGAGCUCGCAGGUUCAGACGACUUGGGCCUCAGUGAUGAGGAACCAGAGGAUUCUGGAUGUCCAGUGUGUCCGGCCCUAGACAAUGUCCAAGAUGACCCCCGGCAGCAGAAUGCAGCUCCAAACACUGCCAUCCCAUCUCAGCCCAGUGUUGAGGAAGAGGCUACCCUCAGAGAGGAUUUCAUCUGUACAGACCUGCCUGUAAAGGUUGGUGAGAGUGGCUCUGAAGAAACACAACUAAAUGAUCCAUUGAGAUUAACUGAGGAAGAGGGUGGUGCUCUCUUGGACAGGGUCUUUGACAACUCCCCCCAUGCACAGAAAGAAUCAGAUUCUGGCUACUAUGGAGAAAACAGAGAAUCUGGCUACUUUGAAGAAAACAGCCUCACCACAGAGUUGGCAGAAGAAACCCCAGGAGAGACUGCUGAGCAGAUCACAGAGGAGACCUCGAGGAACCAGGACGUACCAAAUGAUCUGGGCUCAGUUCCAGAAUCUUCUAGCAACACAUGCAUAGCUAACAGUGACCUCUCUGGAGCUUGUGAUGUCUCAGAUAUCAAAGGAUUCGACGGAGAGCUGCCAAGCGAAGGUGGCACUGGUACAUUACAUGACAUCUUAACACCCCAACCCCCACAGCCUGUGCCACUGCCACCCCAAGACCUGUACCUAGGACAAAAUAUCAGCCAGGAGCAGCUGUUGUGCCACACAGAAACAGCUAUAUUAUGCGAGAGAGAUGCCAGAGUGGCGCCAAGGGAAGAAAAAGAGCGCUGGUUUGUGACCGUGAACGGAAGUCCAGCGCCACACAGAGUGCAUGCUGCCACUGCGAUAAAAAAAAAAAAAAAAAAAACUUGUAGGAAUUCAGUCCCCCGGGGCCACCACACCUCAGAGGGGCCAGACCCUCCCCCUGAGAGUGAGUCAGAGAUAGAUAUAGACGGAAUGGAGGAAUCUAACGGACAGGAGACCAUGAAUGAGAUUAUUACACAGUCAUGCAAUAAGUCAAAACCACUGCCAAACACUCACACGUUGCCAAAUAAUUAUCAUAGAGAAGUCUAUAUAGAGUUUCCCAAAAUAAAUGUAAGCUAUUCAGAGUUACCCCCUCUCUUUUCAGAGUUAAGCUCUUCAUCAUCAUUCAGUGAAGAAGUGAAUGUUUCUACAGAGUUGCCCCUUCAGAGGGAUGACUCUACUGAGACGCUCAACCCAGAGUCAUCUAUUGAAGAAAACAAACAGGAAAAUUACAGCUCUGCCAUUGGCUUAAAAAGGUCAGUAGACCAUCCAUUAUCCAAACUACAAGACCUAUUAUUUGCGCAGACAGACGAAGAUGCACCACAACUUCACCGCUCUGAGUCUGUGGACUCGAAUGAGGAAGUGGAAUUCUUUUACACCACCAGCACCAGCUAUGAUUCUGAAGAGGAGUAUGUCUCAGCCACAGAAAUGGAGGAUACUAACACACCUUCCAGUAAGAUAGAUUCCACUCUCUCUGCGUCUCUGCCCCUACAAAUCGACACUGCUAAUUCACAGCCACUAAUUGAGGAAGACUGUCUAAAUUGCCCCGUGCUGCCACAACGUGAAGGUUAUGAAAACACAGCUGACCAGGCUUACAUCGACUCUGUCAGAACAUGUCCGUCCACUGGUCGCAGUAACAGUAACCCCAUAAUGUCUGACGAAAGCUCAGUGCCAGCUGAUUCAAACAACAGCCCUAACUCCCACAUGACUAAUGAGGCACCAGCACACAGAGUUGGUGAGCCACUUACAGACUGGGAACAUUUACCACAGACAAACACUUCAGAAGAUCAACCUACACCUCCUCUUCCUCUUCCUCCUCCUCUUCCCGAAGUAACAGUGACACCAACAGAAACCCCUGAAACAUCUUAUAAUGCAUCAGACCCCACUCGCCCAGUGUAUGCCAUCUCUGCUUUCUGGGAUGAAAUGGAAAAAUGGACAAUUAAAGACAUCUUGCACCUCAGGGUAUCUAGAAGCCCAUCUCCCCUGAAGGAUAGCCUCCAUCCUCAGGAAUCUGACCGUGCACAUGUUGAUGUCACAGUCACAGACAUGCAGAACAGUUACCGGACUGAUAUUGCAGAAGACUACUCACAGGACAGCUCUCUAGUGGACACUUCAGAUACUGCAGACUCUGACUAUUUCACACACAACGAUGACUCCCCCAAGCCAGACCGCUCGAGUUGCGAGUUCUCUACCUUCUCUGAUUUUGACGAAGAGUACAUGCAAUUUUUUGGAACCAGCUCAAACCCCAGCCCUGAGCCUGGGAACUUCAAACGAAGAAGACCAGAGUCUCCCUGCUCAGGAGCCAUCUCACAAGAGGAAGAAACAGACUCCAGUACUGGCCUGGCCACUCCUGUUGACUGUGAGGAGCUUGCAGCACUAUCCUCCUCCUCUGAAGACAGCAUCCCCAAUGAAGACAGCAUCUCCAACACCAGCCUCCUCCCAGAAGCUACAUGCCUGAAAGGGAUCAAGAAGAGCAGAAGCAUGUGCAACAUUGUGCAAGCUCUGGAGGUAGCUAAAGUAGAGAUGCAGCUGAAAGACAUGCACAAUGCCCAAGCUCUGGAUGUCGAGAAGCAACUGAAAGACAUGUGCAAUGUACAAGCAGCUCUGGAGAUCCACAUGCAGCUAAAAGAUGUGCACAAUGUACAAGCUCUGGAGGUCGAGAUGGAGCUAAAAGACAUGUGCAUUGUACAAGCUCUGGAGGUACCGGAGGUAGAGAUGCAACUACAGGAGAUGCACAAUGUACAAGAUCUUGAGGUUGAGCUACAGCUAAAGGACGUGCCCAUUGUACAAGCUCUGGAUAUAGAAACGAGGCCAAAACACAUGCAAAAUGUACAAGCUCUGGAGGUAGCAAAAGUAGAAAUGCAGCUGGAGAUGGUCGUAAAAAAAGCUCUGGAAAUAAAAGACAUACACAAUGUCCAAGCUCUGGAGGUCGAGAUGGAGCUAAAGGACAUGAUCGAGGAAGCCGAAAAUAGAUUAUUUCUCAACAGCUGUCAGGACUUGGACUUGGCAGAGAAUCCUGUUCUUGCUGUGAUUGAUAGGAUCAGCCGAACGCCCUCCCCAAUUCUACCCAACACAGACAUACUGGACGAACUCUACAGAAUCACCUUUCCAGAACUAUAUGAGUACCUGUUCACAGAGGAUGUCCUCUCUGUCUACAAGUCCCUAAUGUCUAUGUCAGUGCCUGAGAGCUGUUAUGACUACUCUCUUUCUAAGUACAGAGCUGGAGUGUUAUUCCCUCCCCUGGUCCAGCAGUCCCUGCAUGGUGAAGGAGAACCAGUCCCCAUCUUCUCCUGCUCCCGCUCGGCUGCACGAGACCUCACGUUCCCCGAACUGGAAGAUUUUCUCUUCCCACAACAAGACACAUAUCUCGAAUCCGAGGAGGAGGACGACUGCUCCCCUAUCCGAGUGGUGACUCGCUCCGACAUCCAGGCCAAAGAGGCUGUGUCCCUCUCCUCCUCCUCUUCUGCAGCCCCAGAUGGUUACCCACCAAACACCCACUUCUACAGCCAGAGAGGCUGGACAGGGAACUGGAAGAGCCUGCUCUCCCUGAGGAGGAUCCGCUUCCCAGGAAAAGGCAGCACUAGCUGGUGCUGGAGGUCUGGUGCCUGGAUGUCUCCAGCUGUGAGUCAGGCUCAGAGGGCUCUGCCCCCUCCCAUUACACCGAGCAGCCAAGCUGAUACAAUUGUCAACAAAGCAACCAGGAUCUCCCCUCCUCCUCCUGAGGUCAUCCAACUCGGACAUCAGAUCUUCAGACAGCUUUCAGAGAAGCAGAGACGAUUCAAAAGCCUACAGACAUCCGUCUCAGUAUCAAGUAAGUAUUAUCCAGUGAUGUGAGAUGGUUGAUCCUUUACCUGUACACACACAAAUGUGUACAUUCACAUUCUUAUACUUAAACACAUACAGGUAACUGCCAAAAUAAUGGAAACACUUGAGUAAAUGAGGGAUACAAAGUAUAUUGAAAGCAGGUGCUGCCACACAGGUGUGGUUAUGAGAUAAUUAAGCAAUUAAAAUCCCAUCAUGCUUAGGGUCAUGUAUAAAAAUCCUGGACAGACCAUUAUUUUGGCUACCAUGGCUAUGCACCCAUAGGACAACAAUGCCCCCAUUUAUAGGGCACGAGUGGUCACUGAAUGGUUUGAUGAGCAUGAAAACGAUGUAAACCAUAUGCCAUGGCCGUCUCAGUCACCAGAUUUCAACCAAAUUGAACACUUAUGGGAGAUUCUGGAGCAGUGCCCGAGACCGCGUUUUCUACCACCAUCAACAAAACAACACAUUUCUUGUGGAGAAAUUGUGUCACAUCCUUCCAAUAGAGUUCCAGACACUUGUAGGAUCUAUGCUGUUCUGGUUCGUGGUGGCCCAACGUCCUAUUAAGACACUUUAUGUUGGUGUUUCCUUUAUUUUGGCAGUUACAUGUACAUUAUACAUAAAGGUAUGUAUUUUAUGUAUAAAGGUAAUGUAUUUUCAUUGACCCAUCCCAGUUACAUAUGUUUUCCCUCCUGUAGAGAAAGAUGGCAUCCUCUUCUCACUGAAGCAGUCUGACAUGUGUCUGGUCUGUAUUGCCUUUGCCUCCUGGGUACUGAGGUCAGCUGAUCCAAUGGCUGCAGACACAUGGAAAGCAGGUAAUUCCAUAGAACCGCUUACUAUUGCUAAAAUAACACUGUCAUCAAUUAUCAUUGGUUUUUAUAUCAAUGUUUUAUUGUAUUUAUUCUAUACAUUUCUUACGUAUUAAAACGGAACAUAAAUAAGUCAAUGACCCAUGUCUAAUUGUAGCCAGGAUGCCAGUCUGUUUCUGCACUUGCCAACUCCUUGUGGAAUUGCCAUACCAAAUAUUGGCGUGACAAUGAGUUACCAAGAUAGCACAAACAGAGCUGGGACCGGACUGGUAUAAUUGCAAGACAGAUUUCAAAUUAUGUAAAUAACUCUCUCUGAACAAUUGUUCAGCUCUGCUGGCAAAUGUGAGUGCCAUAUCUGCCAUCCAGUACCUUCGGCGCUAUGUGGUGAAGAGAAGGGAAGCUGAAGACCUGAAUGAUUCAACUGAAGACGAGGCAUGAUAUGUAGCUAUUGCUUCUAGAGAACCCUUUCCAAACAUUUUCACUUGGGGCCAUAGGAGUGUCAUAAGAGUUUCAUACAAUGUAGAAACACUAACAACCAUUUAUAUCUCACUCACAGUAGUAAUUGCCAUAGCAUUACAUACUGUUUACUGGCAGUACAGUAGUAGUAAAGUUAAUAAGCAUUCUAAUCCACAUGGGGCAGUUUUCCGGAUAUAGAUUAUGUCUAGUCCAGGACUAAAUCUCCAUCAAAAGUGCUUUUUAGUCUGGCACUAGGCUUAAUCUGUGUCUGGGACACCGGCCACAAAUGUUUUACUCAACAGGAAGCUUGAGCUGGUAAAUUAAAUUAGGUUUUGACAGUGAGACAUUUUCUAAAUUAGUAUGUUCAAUAUGAAUAUCAAUAUGAACAUUUCUCAGAUAGCAUUAAAAAACCCUAAAUAGCAGGGAUAAAAAAAAUCUGGGUGAACGGAGGUUGAUGUGGACCAUAGAGACUAAUAGAGACUGUACAGUAUGUCAAUGUAACUUUACAGUAACAUGGUAAGCAUGACUAUGUGGUGCCUUCAUGUAAUAAAACAGAGCACUUGGGUGUUGUAAAAAGCAUUUGUUGUGAUUAAGUCAGUCAGCAUUGUCAGUUCUUACAUUUUAUCAAGAGAAUUUGAAAGCUAACCAGAGUGCCUAUUUUUGAUAAUAAUAAUAAUAAUAAUAUG